AAUCAUUUCAAAAUAUUUUAUAGAAAAAACAAAGGAAGUAGAGCCUCAACGGUUCUGGAAGUGGUGGAAAGUUCUGGAACCUCUACCCUCACUCUUGGGUUGGGUUUAUAUCAUUUUCUCUCUCAAGUCUUAAGCCCUAGCCUAAAAACCCUAUCUUCUGCUCCUUAUCCUCCCCUCUGCACCAUUUUAACACCAAACCCCUAAUCUUUCUCUCUCUACCCUUUUUGCUUUCAUUAUCCCAACAAAAAUGGCUUCUGCUAAUGCUAUUUCAACCACUUCUAUUCUUUCCUCGUCUAGAAAGGGGUGUUUGACGAAAGCAAUUCCUCAGCAAGCACGGAAGGUGAGCUAUAAAACUUCGAGCAGGCGGUGUGUUGUUAGAGCCUCCGCGAAGGAAAUCGCCUUUGACCAGAAUUCAAGGGCUGCCCUUCAAGCUGGCAUUGACAAACUUGCUGAUGCCGUUGGACUUACCCUUGGUCCAAGAGGGAGAAAUGUCGUCUUAGAUGAGUUUGGAAGCCCUAAGGUAGUUAAUGAUGGAGUUACCAUUGCUCGGGCUAUUGAAUUGGCUGAUGCAAUGGAGAAUGCUGGUGCUGCUUUAAUUAGGGAGGUUGCGAGCAAAACUAAUGACUCUGCUGGUGAUGGAACAACAACUGCUUCAGUUCUUGCACGUGAGAUUAUUAAACAGGGUCUUCUGAGUGUUACUUCUGGUGCCAACCCCGUGUCUUUGAAAAAAGGAAUUGAUAAAACUAUUCAAGGGUUAGUGGAGGAACUUGAAAAGAAAGCAAGGCCUGUCAAUGGUCGUGAGGAUAUCAAAGCUAUUGCUUCCAUUUCUGCUGGUAACGAUGAUUUGAUUGGAACUAUGAUUGCUGAUGCUGUUGACAAAGUCGGCCCAGAUGGUGUUUUGUCGAUUGAGUCAUCAUCAUCAUUUGAGACUACUGUUGAAGUUGAAGAAGGAAUGGAGAUUGAUAGAGGGUACAUUUCUCCUCAAUUUGUUACAAAUCCCGAAAAAGCAAUUGUUGAAUUUGAGAAUGCCAGAGUUUUGGUUACUGACCAGAAGAUCACCGCAAUAAAGGACAUUAUCCCAUUGUUGGAAAAGACUACUCAAAUGAGAGCUCCUUUGCUAAUCAUUGCCGAGGAUGUUACCGGUGAGGCAUUGGCUACACUUGUUGUAAACAAGCUACGAGGUAUUAUCAAUGUUGCCGCUAUCAAAGCACCGGGUUUUGGUGAGAGGAGAAAGGCCAUGCUUCAAGAUAUUGCUAUCCUGACAGGUGCGGAGUUUCAGGCCAGUGAUUUAGGAUUGUUGGUCGAGAACACAUCCGUUGAGCAGCUCGGUAUAGCAAGGAAGGUUACAGUCACUAAGGAUUCAACCACCCUCAUUGCUGACGCUGCAUCUAAAGAUGAGCUUCAAGCUAGGAUUGCGCAACUUAAGAAAGAAUUAUUCGAGACUGAUUCAGUCUAUGAUUCUGAAAAACUCGCUGAGAGGAUUGCGAAAUUGUCUGGAGGUGUUGCGGUUAUUAAGGUUGGUGCAGCCACAGAGACUGAGCUUGAGGAUCGUAAAUUGCGAAUUGAGGAUGCAAAAAAUGCUACUUUUGCUGCCAUAGAGGAGGGUAUUGUGCCCGGUGGUGGUGCUGCUCUCGUCCAUCUCUCAACUUCUGUUCCUGCUAUCAAGGAAAAGCUGGAGGAUGCUGAUGAACGUUUGGGCGCUGACAUUGUACAGAAGGCACUAAUAGCACCAGCAUCUCUGAUUGCAUACAAUGCUGGAGUUGAAGGAGAGGUGGUCGUAGAGAAGGUGAUGUCAAGCGACUGGGAAAUCGGUUAUAAUGCAAUGACCGACACGUACGAGAACUUGGUAGAGUCUGGUGUGAUCGACCCUGCUAAGGUGACAAGAUGUGCCCUGCAGAAUGCUUCUUCUGUUGCCGGAAUGGUAUUGACUACACAAGCGAUCGUUGUGGAGAAACCCAAGGCUAAAGCCGCUGCUGCAGCCGCUGCUCAAUCAGGUUUAACUGUAUAAGCAAUUUUUAGGGUCGUUUAGGCUAUGAAACGAUAGGAGGUCAAUAAUCCAUGGGUUUUGGUAGUGAUUUGUAUCAAAAGUUUUGUAUUGAGAAUAACUAAUAUUUGAUCCAAAAGAGUUGGUUUUUGAUUUUGAA